GCCCUUGAAAAUAUUAUAAAGAAAGUCUCUAUGUGUAUCAGCCUUAUGAGUCAUCUAAGGCUUUUCCUGCUGGCGUUCGCAGUAUUUAUUUAUUUAUUUAUUUCUUGGUUACUUUUUUUUGGUACGAUGAUGUGUAUAAUAAGAUUGCAUUGUAACAUCCGGGGGCUGGUCCAGAGUGGAGUGGGCGUGUCUGCGCGCUGCUCUCCCUUCCUACCAGAAGAGCGCUGGAGGAGACCCACUGUGCCACACAGCCGCACACUGCAAGGGAGCGAGCAGGACACGAACACCGCCGAGGAAUAUGUCCGCUUUCUCACGCACCGAGGGACGCUUAAACCACCGGCGCAGCGCAGUCAAUGCAUAUGCACGGCCUCUGCUUUAGUUCAGCAGACACACAUGCCCUGUUUACCAUUUAUGCGCUGGUGAAAUCUUCCCUGCUGCUGCUUCUGGUCCAGCUGCUGCUUCUGGUCCAUCCCCGUCCCCUCCUCCCCUCUCUUCUUCCUCCUCCUCCUCCUCCUGCUCUCCGCCGUCCCGUCGCCAGGAUGGACAAGACGCUCUGCAGUCCGCAUCCCGGGACCAACAAAACCAACUCUUCCUCGUCGGAGCGCGGGAACUCAUCGUCGAGGAAGCCCGGGAGGACCGGGUCACACAGCCCCGGCUCCGGUUCUCUGGGCGGCCCGGCUGGAGCGGGAGGCAGCCGGGGCGCUGUGCUGGGGAACAGCAUGAAUUUGCAGCAGCGCAAGAGGCAGCUGGAAGGAGUGCUGAGCAAAUACACCAACCUGAUCCAAGGCUGGCAGUACAGGUACUUUGUGUUAGAUCCAGAAGUGGGACAGCUGCACUACUUUGUCAACGAGCAGGGAAAGAGCCAGAAGCCCCGUGGGUCCCUGCCCCUGAUCGGUGCCUCGGUAACCCCGAGCGACGAGGCUCCGCACAUGUUCAUUGUAAACUCUGUCAAUGGAGAGCUGUACAAACUCAGAGCCUCCGACGCCAAGGAGCAGCAGUUUUGGAUCAGUCAGCUCCAAGCGUGUGCCAGACGUCACUCUGACAGCAGUGCCAAGGUGAGGAAGCUGAAGGGCUCCGAUGAACACUUGAGUGUGGAAAGAGCAGGAGUAGGCCAGGAGGUGCUGGGCUCCUCAUCCUCUGGUCGGACCCGUAGCUUCUCCCUCCUCCCCCACCUAACCCCAUCUUCAUCCCCGGGUUCUCAGAGGCACCUGAGCCACACGGCCUCACCCAGCAACAUCGUAACCAUCACCCACCACAAAUCUCCGGCUGCAGCUCGGCGGGCCAAGAGUCAGUACCCAGGAAGGCUGCUGGAGGUCAAAGAGGUGAUGUCCCAAGCAGAGGGCCAACAGAAGAACCUGGUCCAGUCCAUUGACUCUCUACCCACCAAAGGCCCUCUCUCCUGUCUGGACCAGGACCUUCUGCUGCUCAAAGCCACAUCGGCCGCCACACUAAGCUGCCUGGGAGAGUGCCUGAAUAUCCUCCAACACACCCAGAGCCACAGCCAGGCACCACCUCAGUCCCAGGCCUCUGAGCGCAACCACUCUACCCACGGAGCCCCCUCCGAUGGUGUUCCUGUGUGGACUGUACCAAAGUCGCCCUCAGGGGAGCUGUUGAAGAACGGAGGUCUGACUCCUCUACGAUCAGCCGAGCCCUCCCCGGCCCUCAGGAAAAGGAGUCUGUCCCAUGGUGCUGAGCACCACACAGGGCUGGAAGACAUCAGCCCCACUGAAGAGGUGACAGAUACGGAGGAUAAUGAAGAAGAGGACCUGGGUGUCCUGGAUGACCAGCGGAGCAUCAUUCUCCACCUGCUCUCCCAGCUCAAACUGGGCAUGGACCUCACACGGGUGGUGUUGCCUACCUUCAUUUUGGAAAAGCGAUCACUACUGGAGAUGUACGCCAACUUCAUGGCCCACCCUGACAUGUUCCUGUCGAUCACAGCUGGGGCCACGGCCGAGGACCGAAUAGUCCGUUUUGUCGAGUACUACCUGACCGCCUUCCAUGAGGGGCGGAAAGGUGCUGUGGCCAAGAAGCCCUACAACCCUGUGCUGGGGGAGACCUUCCAUUGUUCCUGGGAAGUGCCUCGGGACAAAGUCAAACCUUUGGUCAGAUCGAACCAGGGCUCUUCUUGGGAGCCAAGCCGGGGCGCCAACAACACACAGCAGGGUGAUGAUUCACCAGGAGGCUGCUACAGAGUCCGAUUUGUGGCCGAGCAGGUGUCCCAUCAUCCACCAGUGUCUGGGUUUUACUGUGAGUGCCGGGAGAGGAGGAUGUGCGUCAAUGCCCAUGUAUGGACGAAGAGCAAGUUCAUGGGAAUGUCUAUAGGAGUGUCCAUGGUGGGAGAAGGGGUCCUUUGUCUCCUGGAGCACGACGAGGAGUACGUCUUCACGUUGCCCUGUGCCUACGCCCGCUCCAUCCUCACCGUCCCCUGGGUGGAGCUGGGGGGCAAAGUCUCCAUCAACUGUGUCAAGAGCGGCUACUCUGCCACCGUCACCUUUCACACCAAGCCGUUCUAUGGAGGGAAGGUACACAGAGUGAUGGCAGAGGUCAAACACAACCCGACCAACACCAUCGUGUGCAAAGCCCAGGGCGAGUGGAACGGCACACUGGAGUUCACCUACAGCAGCGGGGAAACCAAAGUGAUCGACACGGCCAAACUUCCAGUCACCAGGAAGAAGCUGCGGCCUGUGGAGAGACAGGGGAGGACAGAAUCCAGGCGGUUAUGGCAACAUGUCACCAAGUCGCUGAAGGAAGGGAACAUUGAUGAGGCCACGGAGCACAAACACAGGCUGGAGGAGCGACAGAGAGGGGAGGAGAGGCAGAGAGCAGCUGAUAACAAACCCUGGACACCCAAAUACUUCAGUAAAGAGGGAGACGGUUGGAUCUACAACAACUCACUGUGGAAGUCGACCUGACAGCAGAAGAAGACUCUCUCCUCAUGGACGAUAACUGAGCUUCUGCCUCUCCAGAGGUCAGGACGUCAAGCGAAGGGAGCAGUGUCCUCCAGAGACCUCCAGACCUGAGCUAUAGACUCCCAGACUGACACACAAACAAGCAAGGUGCCAAAGGGAUCUAUCUCCACUGUUAUAACCAAGACGGUUGUUGGAGCUCUUGGGACAAAAGUACAUUUUUAUAUACAGUUAAUAAUAUUACUAUUCAAAGUAGAGUAUUUCUAUUUUUCACCUUGCCAAGGCCUUUUUUGCACACACACAGUAAUGAAGUUUGCCACUGGUGUUUUGCUUUGUUUUUUUUUUUUAAAUGAUCAAUAUGUUUUCUCAGACAUUGUCAAUGGUUCCAAGCUUUUAGUCUGUGAUGCAGCGUUAGAAUGAAUUGAUUCAAGCUCCCUGUAACACAUAAUACUGUAGCUGUAAAUUAGUUGUUUAUAAAAGCACUUUUACCAUAGAAAUGAAUUUAAUAUUUUAAUAUUAUCUAUGACUUUUACCAAUCAGGGUGGUCUCUAAGAGCUUUACGGGAAAUAAGAUCACCUAACCAGAUUUAAAAGGAGAUAUAAAUCAAGAGGUAAAAUGAACAAAUGUACUACAUUAGAUUGUGUUAGUAUAUAUUAUUAUACAGUACAUUACAGUGAGAUAUUAGAAAGUGAAGGUCCUGAUCGUUUUGUCUACAUUAUGAAUGUAUUUGGGCACAUUUUAAUAUUAUGCUACUUUGCCAUCUUGUACUGUUUCGCUACUACACAUGCUUUUUGUUUUACCUUUUUAUUUUGCCACGUCGCUCCAUUUACAGUAUUUCACCCACUGCGACACCUCUGCAUAACAGUGAUUUCCAUUACUACGUCUCUUAUUCAGCCAUUCCAGCCAUUAGCCACUUUUACUUCCAAAACAAAACACUGGUUUUGUUUGUGGCAAAAUGCUUUCGGGUCUUCUAAUCUUUUUUUUUUUGUAUCUGUGCCCUCAAAAUGGCACUUAUAUAAUUAGGCAGCCGCUGCUCACCCAGCCCGUGCCUCCUGAAGUUAAUACUUCUCCUUGGGUCGGCCGUGGUGAUGAAUAUGGAUGAGGCGGCUUACAGAAAAAACACAACCAUGUUCUCACAUCUGGGGGUCGCUGGAAGGUUGCCUCUGUGAAGAUGAGAGGAUAAUCUACCAGAAUAACAAUCACUGGGAACUAGGGUAACCAGCCUGUUGGAUAGAAAAGGAAAUGUACUGUGUCAUACUACUGUGGUACUCACUUUCCAUAUUUGACAAACUAUGUGGCCAAUUUUAUGUUUUUUCUAAACGUAAAGCAGAAAUUAAAUAAGAGAAAUUAACAGUAAAUCCACUUCAUGUUUUUCUUAUGGCUUUAUAUUAUAUUUUUUGUCAUGAAAGGACAUUCACAAACUCCUCACUGCUCAUCCUUUCAGUUGUUCCUUCAUUUAAAUUUUCAAGUAGUAUUUUAAGCCAGGUGAAUUUACCAGAUGCCUAUUUGUAGCUUAUGCCAUGACAGUAUAGAGAACAAACCUGCAACCAUUGAUAAAACCUGUCAUCUACAGCAAACGACUGUUCAUUACUCAUUUAUGACUUACAUGAAACUAACAAGCAGUUGUUUUUUUUUUAAUUUCCAAAAGGAGGGAUUGUCCAUUAAUAAAGACCUUCUACCUUUUUUUAAUUAAACAUGUCUUCUCAUGAUGUCCUGAAUGCACAUCUGUUAUAAUGUCCUGCAUUCAAGUGAUUAAUCAAACUGUAUGCCGCUUACUCCUCAUUCACUCCACAGGUAGAGGAGCUAAGCACCAGCUCAUUUGUCAUAACAUAGGUCAAAGCACAUCCUGUUUUCUAAUGAAUGUGCCAUGACAAUCAUGGACUCACUCUUUUUAACCUUGCUAGUGGAGUGGCUCCACCGUGGAAUAACUUAUCCUGAACAACUAAAUCUAUUACCAUGAAUUUAGUACAAAUAUUCACAGCACCCGGAGGAUGAACUCUAGUGUCGUUGGCAGUUCCCUGACUUUUCAUCUAACGCCACCACCAGUUUCCAAGAAGUCAGCUCUCAAAAGGACACCUUUAAAACUAAUGACCAAAUUCCUGUCAAUCUCAGUUGAAGAUUAAUGCUAACAUAGCAAAUAUGCAAAAAAAUGACAGCAUGAUAACAUGCUUAGCAUUAGCAUGGUAAACAAAUAAGCUAGAUGUUGGCUUGAUGUCAUGCCAAACAUUACAUACCAAAUAUUAACCUGUAACCAUGAUAAUAUCAGUAUGCAAACAUGGCAACAUGCUAGCUAAACUACAGAAUGUGAAUAAUUAAUAGCUAACUGUUAACAUGCUAAAUGUGACAUGCUAAACAUGAGCAUAUUUACUCAACUGUAACACUUUAUCAUGAAGCUCAAAAAAUGGCUGAGGAUGAGCAUGUUAGCAUGCUAUCCAUAGGUGUGUGUGUGUUAAAAUGCCAAAAUGAGCACAUUAGCAUGAACAGCUGAGCCUGAGUUUAAGAUGGCCACUACAAAGGAUAAACAUAAUUUUGGUAACAGCAUGGCCUUUCCUCUGGUGCCAUCAUCCUCAGGGCAGAUUUAACAAUUGCCUAUUAAGGAUGUUUUCUGGGGUGAAAUGAGCAUUACAACCCCAUGCGGUACCUUUGGAGGGACUUGGCAGAGAUGCAUUUAUUAACAAAAUAGUCAUGACAUUGUACCGCCUACUUCAACACAUAACUGUUAAGGAUAGUGUGCUGCUUCACAUAUAUCCAAGUAUACCUCUUCACAGGUUUCAAGUGCCUUGCUCAGGUCAAGUAAAGGAACGUUAGGAAGUUGAUGUUAAGCUUGACUCUACAUUAUCAAACCAAUAUUUACCCACAUACCAAUGGAUUCCACCUCGUGACUAUACACUAACAAGCAUGCUUUCAUUCUUUCUACAUAGACUCAGAAGCAAAUGUCUUCAUCCAAAGGCUAAUGCUGCCAUCAAGUGGUUGGCUUUCUGUUCACCUAGAAAUAUAUGAAUAUACUGAAUGUACUGUCCGUUAAUAUUUCUGAAUAAUGCUUUGGUUUAAAAUUACUUCAUUCAUAAUUGCUUUUUAGGAAGGGAGGGGAUACGUCAAAAACAACAACUUACACAAAACAUUUUCAUUAAAGUGUAUAUUUAAAGAUGGCUAAACAGAACAACAAUGUAAAAAUGUAAACUUUGAAAGGUGAGGGAGGGAUUUCAUUAAAACAAAAAUGGUUUUGGGGACAGGCGGCACUGAGCUACUAAAAAAUGAGUAAACUUAGAAGAGAAAGGAACCGUUCUGCCGCUCCUAAGUGACACAAAAUGUAAGAAAAAUUAAAACAAAGAGGGCAACACACUGCACAUCACAUUAAGGCUUAUUAUGAACUCUCUCUUGACAAAUUAGAAAUCAAAGGACAUGACACAGUUUUAGGCUCUGUGUGACUGAUUAACAAUGUGGCAUUGUGUCGAAGGUCUGAAGCCUGAAAUGGUGACACUCAGUUUCAAACAAGAUCAAAG